CAGGAAACGCGUCUCAGAUGUGACCCGUUUGUUGUUGGACUCUGUAAGAUGGGCUGGUAGCUGAAAGGAAGAGUCAUGUUUAAUUUAAAGUCGCUGCGGAGAAACAAAACAGUGAAAUAUGGGGUCCCCAUGCUUUUGCUGGUAGUUGGUGGUUCCUUUGGCCUGCGGGAGUUUACACAAAUCCGGUAUGAUGCCCAGAAGAUCAGAAAAAGGUUGGAUCCUUCACUGGAGGCUAAAGUGAAUGUCCAGAAGCAGUCGGUCAUACUAGAAGAGGAGUACGAGAAGAUAAAGGAGAUGAAUUUGGAUGAGUGGAAGAACAUCCGUGGCCCUCGUCCCUGGGAGGACUCCAGGGAGUACCAGGAGCAGCAGCGCAGGAAGCUGAGCAAUAAAGACUGAGACUUGAGGACAUCAGGCUGAGCAGACUGCAGACAGAACAGACACACACACACACACACACACACACACACACACACACACACACACACACACACACACACACACACACAGCACAAGAAUGGACUGUGGAGAGACCUGAGAUUCAAUUAUCCCAGUCUCUGCAGCUUCAGGGCCUGGACUCUUUGGUCUUUGCUUGUGCUGGAAUUCAGACUUGGGAGAUAUACAUUAAUAGAUGGUGAUGUUUUCUUCUGGUUGUAACACAUUCACAGCUACUAGUAAGAAUCAAACUGAUGUAGGCUGAUUUUGACCUUUCACAGAUACAUUCAUAUGAUGUCCAACAUUAUUAGUAGUAUUUUUAAUUUACACACAUAAUGCAUUUGUAAUAUGUGUGCUCACUUCAUUGUUUUCAGCACUGUCUGGAGCACGUGUACCAGAGAACACUCCUGAACAGACAGUGGUGCAGAAUCAAGCGGUGUCUCAUAGUCAGAAUGCCUUGCUGGAAAGUUGAUAAACUGACUUUAUUAUGUUUCUAUUCCCUAAACAUCCGUAUGGUGAUUGGCUCAAGCUUUCCGAUACUGAUCGGGCUCCACUUGUAGUGGUAAAAAAAAUUCUGCCAUAGCAGCAAAGCAGGUGUUAUAAUUAAAGAAGAUGAUACUUAUAAUUUCAUACACAAAUAUGUAAAUCAGGUUUCUGUCAAGAGGUUAUUCUCAGCCAGCAGGUGGCCCAUCUGUGUCCUGCUGCAUCCUCUGCAAGGAAGGAAUUAUAUAUCCUUGUGUGAUUUCCAUGACUCAAUAAAUUAUUAUUGUUUAUCCACA